CAAAGACAACGAACGGUCCCUCUAAUUUCCUCUCUAAUUAAUAACAAAUGUGUAAAAAUCCUGCAAAAUAAGCCCUUAAAUCAUCCCGCACAUUGGCACUGGGUAGCGGAGCUUGACCGCCGGCGAGGGACACUAGUCUCCGGUCCGCAAACCGGACAGGGAAUCCCCUACUUGGAGCUGAAACCACCGGCAACCGGCAUCUGCACCAUGGUGAAUAGCAGGAGUCUGCCACCGGCCAAUGGACCCGUGCCGGGGGCCAGUGGAGGCUCCUCCCGCCUGUCCCUGUGCCUGAUCCACUUCGUGCUCGCCGUAAUCUCCGGCUGGGGACUGAAACGGAGCACCGGCAGCAAGGCGAUGGCCGCAUUUGGGAUCUAUUUUGGCCACAGUCUGCUCUGCCUGCUGCGGCACACGCAUCCCAAUCCGGGCGCAGUGCAGCGACUGCUGUGCGAUAAGUCGAGGCGGUACUCCUGCGUCCUUUUCGUCACUUUGGUGGCUGGUGAGCUGCAGGCCGUGAAUCCGGCAACACGGAUGAGUGACUUCUUUGGCGCCGACUGGGAGCGCCUGGCCUUUGGACUCUGGAGCGCCGUUCUGGCCCUGGCGGUGACCAGUUUGUGGUUUGGCGGCAGUCGCACCUCGCUGGGAGCCACAUUCAUCAAACUGGAUGCCGCCCAACUGGGCUUCUGCGUCCUGUGGAAUGUCCACUGCCUGUGGCGCAUCGCCCUCGUCGACGAACACUGGUGGUCACUCGGCCUGGCCGUGCUCGUCCUGCUCAACCACUUUGUCCUGUGGCGCCUGCCGCUGCACUACAACAUCACCCAGCUGGAGGUGGCCACCGUGGGCAUGUGCUUCAGCACCAUCUUUGCGCUGAAUGCGAUCCAGGAGCAGCUGGACGCAGUGGCCAGCUGAGGGCAACUUAUCGGGCAACCCGGGACUGGAGCCUCGGUUACCCAGGUCUAAAGCGCACUUAUAUAUUCUAGGAUUCAUUAUUAAUUACUAGCUGUACGUUGUUGAACCAUACUUUUUCGUAAUAAAUCAGUGUUCUUAGUUUAGAGCCACA